GUGCCGACCCCUCUCUGAAGAACGAUCUGGGCCACACGCCGCUGAGUUACGCUCGAGACGGAGAGCUGAGCGCAGUGCUGAGGGACGCACAGGACACGUUUGCGGAGGCGCAGCGUAAGCGUGAGGCUGAAGAGAGGAGGAAGUUUCCACUGGAGCGUCGACUGAAGGAGCACAUCAUCGGACAGGAAGGAGCCAUUAAUACUGUGGCAUCAGCCAUCAGGAGGAAGGAGAACGGCUGGUAUGAUGAAGAGCAUCCGCUCGUCUUCCUCUUUCUGGGCUCGUCCGGAAUCGGUAAAACUGAACUGGCCAAGCAGGUGGCGCGGUACAUGCACAAAGACAUCAAGAAGGGUUUCAUCCGGAUGGACAUGUCUGAGUUUCAGGAGAAGCAUGAGGUGGCGAAGUUCAUCGGGUCUCCUCCAGGUUAUGUUGGUCAUGAUGAGGGUGGUCAGCUCACCAAGCAGCUGAAGCAGAGUCCCAGCGCUGUGGUUCUGUUUGAUGAGGUGGAGAAAGCCCACCCAGACGUGCUGACCGUCAUGCUGCAGCUCUUCGACGAGGGUCGUCUGACUGACGGGAAGGGGAAAACCAUCGAGUGUAAAGACGCCAUCUUCAUCAUGACCUCAAACGCAGCCAGUGAUGAGAUUGCCCAGCAUGCACUGCAGCUCAGACAGGAAGCGCAGGAGCAGAGCCGACGGCGGCUGGCGGAGAAUCUCGAUGAUGUGCAGAAGAGUGAGAACAUCACCAUUUCCAACACCUUCAAAGAGCAGGUGAUCCGGCCGAUACUCAAGGCUCAUUUCAGACGGGACGAGUUUUUGGGCCGGAUUAACGAGAUCGUGUACUUCCUGCCGUUCUGCCACUCGGAGCUCCUCCAGCUGGUCAGCAGAGAGCUCCACUACUGGGCCAAAAAGGCCAAGCAGAGGCACAACAUCACCCUGCUGUGGGAGCGUCCCGUCCUGGAGCUGCUGGUUAAAGGAUAUAACCUGCAUUACGGCGCUCGAUCCAUCAAACACGAGGUGGAGCGGCGUGUAGUGAAUCAGCUGGCUGCAGCGUUCGAGCAGGAGUUGUUACCCAAGGGCUGUACUCUGCGCCUGACGGUGGACAGAGACUCUCAGCACACAGACGGAGCUCCAGUCCUGCGUCUGGAGCUGCUGCAGGAGGACAAAACCAGCCGAAAACUGGAGAUCCAGCCGCCGCUCAACCCUCAGGACACUGCACACACACCCCGAAAACACUGAGCCUGCAGUAAGAGCUCACAGACACAGACAGAACCACUGACAGUCACAGGCAGAUGCAGACAGUCAUAGACAGAAUCACUACAAGUCACAGACAAAGACAAAAUCACAUUCAGAGUCAUUGACAGAGUAAGGCAGGGUCAUGGACACAGACAGAAUCUCAGAUACAGACAGAAUACCAGACAAAUUCACAGACAGAUAUGCAGACAGUCACAAACAAAGACAAAACCACAGACAGAAUCACAGACAGAGCCAUAGACACAGACAAGAUGAUGUACAGAAUCACAGACAGAACUAAGGUAGACACAGGAAUGGACAGACAAAAAUAGAAACACAGACAGUAGUGGAAAUAGACAAAGACAGAAUCACUGACACAAAAAACAGACAAAGACAGAAUUACAGACACAAAAACAAAGACGGAAUCACAGACAGAGCCAUUGACGGAAUCACAGACAGAGUCAUUAACGGAAUCACAGACAGAGUCAUUGACGGAAUCACAGACAGAGUCAUUAACGGAAUCACAGACAGAGUCAUUGACGGAAUCACAGACAGAGUCAUUGACGGAAUCACAGACAGAGUCAUUGACGGAAUCACAGACAGAGUCAUUGACGGAAUCACAGACAGAGUCAUUGACGGAAUCACAGACAGAGUCAUUAACGGAAUCACAGACAGAGUCAUUGACGGAAUCACAGACAGAGUCAUUGACGGAAUCACAGACAGAGUCAUUGACGGAAUCACAGACAGAGUCAUUGACGGAAUCACAGACAGAGUCAUUGACGGAAUCACAGACAGAGUCAUUGACGGAAUCACAGACAGAGUCAUUGACGGAAUCACAGACAGAGUCAUUGACGGAAUCACAGACAGAGUCAUUGACGGAAUCACA